GCUACGUUGCCAAGUAACCUACUGAGAUAUUUUCAAAACAUCUGCUGCCAUCAGCUGAUAUGUUUAGAGAGUAAUUGGCAGCAGUCAUGAGCUUGCAGGAGGACGAGCCCCAACAAGGGACACUGCAGGAGGUGGCAGCCAGAAUAAUUCAGAAGACUUGGAGAGGAUAUAUGGCCAGUGAAGUCUUCAGGUAUUUCAAAGAGCUGAUUUUCUACUGCAAACAGCAGGAUCCAAAGACCAUCCUCAAAACUGUCAAUCCUCGAGAGGCCGAACUGCUGGAUGCUGCAGCUGGAGUGUUUAUCAGAUUUCGACUUGGAGGGAUCAACUUUCCUUCUCAUAUUUAUUACAAGAUCUUCACCCAUCGGCCCAUUACAGAUGUGUGUGCAGGCAGCCCAAAAGACUACACCAAGCAAAGUCGUAGGAAGCUUGUGGCCCAGAAGACCAACAAAGGCCCAGCUGUCGCAAAGGAUGACCAAUCAGGUUGGUACAAGCGCAUGGAGAACAAUAGUAACAAGGUGGUUUUGGCAUGUGAGCCUGCAGAGAUCGGUGCUAACAAAAAAAUAGACUUUCAUUACUCCAAGUUGCAGCGGAAGCAAGAUUUAGAGAGUUGGAGGAAAAGAAAGAAAAUUGAAUGGCUGAAGCAGAUGUAUAAAGAGGGUCAUCUGCAGGAUCAUGCAGAGCACAGACACAUGGCGGCCCUGGUGGAGAGUUCCGCCCAGGAAUUGAUGGAGACAGUUGAAAAGAAAGGAGAUGAUGAAAUACUGGAAUGGGAGCUGGAUGAGCUGCUGGCCUGGACCAACACUCUAAACUUCAAGGAGUAUAUGGAGGAAUGGAGACAUUUGGCCUGCAGUUACUCCUCUGAGCUGAGCAAAGUAUCUCCUACAGAUGGCCCUUCUCACCCACCCAGGUUAGAUCCACACGAGCUCGCUGAUGAAAACGCAGCAGAACAAACAUGAUUUAUGUUAAAACUGUGCAGUCUCGAAGUGGAGUGUGCCACACUGUUAUUGUCGCAGUAUUCACUUUAAUAAAGUCUGAAACUUGCAGUUGUUUA